AUGUCUUUGGAACAAUCUUCUAACAGCUCGUUUGAUUCCCAGAAUUUUGAUGAAAUCGAUUUCAAUAAUGAAUCUUUUGAACAAGAACAUACUGAUACACUUCGUAUUAUGGAUAAUCAAUAUGUGUUUAUUGUACUUCCGAGUAGUAAUAUUAAGGUGGUUAAACUACAAAAGGAUACAACUGUAUCAUUGGGAAAAUUUGGUACUUUCCAUACGAAUGAUAUAAUAGGGAAGCCUUUUGGUCAUUCUUACGAAAUUUAUGACCGUGAUAAAAUAAAAGUCAUUAGAAACGUUGCAUUUUAUGAAGUUGACUUAGAUGAUUCUGGUGCAAAUAAUCAAAAAACAGUUGAUGAUCCGUCUAAACAGAAGUUAUCCUACCAAGAUAUCGAACAAUUGAAAAAAGAUGGGAUGGAAGGACAGGAUAUUAUCAAGAAAGUAAUUGAAAGUCACUCAUCAUUUGAUAAAAAAACAGAGUACUCUAAAGCGAAAUAUAUUAAACGAAAAGAAGCAAAGUUUUCACGUGUUUUUACUCCUGUAAGGCCAACUUUGUAUUCGGUAUGGGAAUAUUUCUUUGCAAAAAAUCCCUCAAAGAUAAGGGACAUGCGCAUAGAUACACUCUCUCAAAUGCUAACGUUGUCAAAUGUAAGAGCUUACGCAAAAUUGUUGGUAGUAGAUGACACGCAAGGGUUGUUAAUUACAGGUGUCAUGGAAAGGUUAGGAGAUACCCAAUUUUUAUUCCAAUUACAAAUUCAACAUUUAGGUUAUGGCAUUGUGCUUGGUGUACACGACGGUGAACAUCACAAUUAUGACAUUGUAAGGUAUAUGAAUUUUACGAAGAAGGUCAAUAAUUCGUUAAUGGUAUUAUCUUGGCAACAAAUUUUUAAAGAAGAAUGUCAAGCACCAUUCAAUUACCAAGACGAGUCUAAACUGUCCCAAAAGGACCUUAAAUUUUAUCUCCGUAAAAAGGCAAAUUAUGAAAAAGUGCAGGAAGCAAGAAAAAUUUUAUGGCAAGGUGGAUUUGAUGGAUUAUUAGUUGCAAGUCAAUAUCAGCCAGAAUCAAUUCUGGAUACACUGGUCCCUUAUUUGGCUGGAUCAAGACCAAUUAUAAUUUAUCAUAUUAACAGAGAGGUAUUAGUGAAUACUUGUGUUCACAUGCGAAUAUCUGGAAAAUUUCUAUAUCCACAAAUAACCGAGAGCUGGUUACGACAGUACCAGGUUCUACCCGGUCGAACUCAUCCAUCAAUGUCAACGAGCGGGGGUGGUGGUUACCUUUUACAAACAAUCUACACUAGCACGGUGUUACGGUUUCGCGUAUCUAUAGCAGGUGUCAAAGCCGUGAUGUAUACAGCUCCUAUAAGAUAG